CAGCCAAUCAAACAACUCCCCAAUCUAGCAACUCGCUCUGAUCACCCGUCAACAACCCCCAACCAAUCCGAAGCCGCGGCCCGCUCCGCUUAUUUCGACUCCACGUUACAGAUGAGUGUUUUAGAGCACAUUAUUAGACGACAAAGCUCCAAGACCACGACUCGACUCGAGGGUAACUUUACUUCCUCCAUAUUUAAGUUCAAAUUACCAGUCUACUGCACAACUCUCAUUAACCUUCAAGAAUCCACGGAAUCUCAAGCUCUGAUCUCGAUAAUCAAUCUGCAGCCACGAUGGACCACUCACACAUGGAUCACAGCGCCAUGGGACACGAUAUGCCCGCUACUGAUAUGUGCAGCAUGAACAUGCUCUUCACCUGGAACACCCAAAACCUCUGCAUCAUCUUCCACUGGUGGCACGUCCAAACGACCCCGGGACUGAUCUUCUCCCUCCUCGCCGUCGUAGCCCUAACAGCUCUGUACGAAGCGCUGCGUGCAUCGAGCCGCCGCUACGAACGCUGGGUUGAGAAGAGAACCGACGAGGUGCCUCUCGUUACUGAGUCAACGCCGUUUUUGUGGUCAGGACGCAAUCAAGUUGAAGUGAGCAAGCGGGCGCAUGUCGUGAAGGCGGCGCUGUAUGCCGUGCAGAAUUUCUAUGCUUUUAUGCUGAUGUUGCUGUUCAUGACGUAUAAUGGGUGGGUUAUGCUUGCGGUUGGGGUUGGGGCAUUUGUGGGAUACUUGCUGUUUGGGAAUAAUACCAGUGCCACGAAGGAUGGGGCUUGCCAUUGAGACAUAUGGGAGUAAGUGUGCAGGAAUGCAAUCUACAUACGGCAUUAGAGGCACAUAGGACUACAAGCGAUGAUAUUGGGAUAUAGUUGAGGAGGGGAGGGUUUGCAUCGCAGAUACCCUCAAGGUUUCUUGUAUUUGAUGCAUAGCUUGAGCUACGGCCUGUUUGUUUUUACAAGCCUAUCUAUUUUCAUAACAUUCUCUCC